UCGCCUCAGCCUUCUUUCAACACCUUGGUUGGACUUUUGAGGCUCAUUCACUUUCCCCAAGUCAUCCAAGUCACACCGGAUUCCAGAGACACCACCAGAGCGUCUGUUCAAAGCAAGAAACGUACGCUCCAAGGCCUCAAUUGUAGUCAGACCACCGCAGACUUGUAAUACCAGUAAUUCUCUUCACUCUCCAAUAGCCGUAUCCAACGAAACCUCUGGCGGCCUUGCAUCCCUCGGUCCUCGAACCCCGAAGCUCUCGCCACGAUUCCCAGCUUCCCCAGCCACACCUCGACAGCCUCGAGCAUUCCCAUUAUCACCGUCAACAACAACAACAACCACUUGCCUUGGGCAAUGCGUCUCGUCUGCCGGUGACAUCCUGAUUGCGACGGCAUUAUACUCGGGAGCCCCCAAAGUAAAAAUCUGUGACUCUGGGUACCACCUAUCUCCUCGAAUUCCCCAACGGCAAAGCCACAUCGCGAUCCUUAUGGCCUCGAAUCGAGGACCCACCACGACAGAAGCUCAAGCUCCUCGCGCGCCCGCGACGGCGCUCACAGCCCAGAGGUCGCUGAAGCGCGCUCGCGAGACUACCCCGACCUCGCCAGAGUCUGCCCACUCGGGUGAUCUCUCCCCAUCCAAAAUCGCUCGCCUGAUGGGGCUACAUACACCCACUCUGACCGGCGCCGCCGCCCUCGAGGAGGAGAGACGACGACGAGAGGAAGAGCAUCAGCAUCAGCAGCUGGCCUCGUUGGAGACGAGUGAAAACCCCAACCAUAGGGCGAUUGAAGAGCUCAUGUCGGGCGUAGUGAACGCGUUGAGUCGGUCACACGAUGCACCCGCGCCCGCCCCUCCACCGACGGGGGUCUCAGAGAUCGAGGCAGCUGCCGCCGCAGCGGCCAGGGCCUUGAGCUCAGUCACUAUACCAACGGGGGAGAACCCAAUCAGCGAGCUACAAGAUGUCAGCCCCCAGAGCGGGACAAGCGGAGCGAGUCUCGAGGAUGCUGAAGGACAGGUUGUGCACAGCCCUGCAGCAAUGGACAUUGACGGGCGUGGUGAUCAACGCAUGUAUGCGCCGCAGCCAGAUGCUCAGAUGGAUGAAAAGACAGCCAAUUCUCUUUCAUACCCGGGAGUUCUCUCACCACAGGGCAACAUGCCGGCGCCUGGUGCUCCCCAAAGGGGGAUGAGCAUGCCUAUGCCACCAUCCCAGGGCUCCGACAUGGAGCCUCGGUCACCUGGUAGCAGCAACAAGAAGCAUAAAUGCCCGUACUGCCAAACGGAAUUUACACGCCAUCAUAAUCUGAAGAGUCAUCUUCUCACCCACAGUCAGGAGAAACCGUUUAUCUGCAGCCACUGCCAGCAACGCUUCAGACGUCUCCAUGACCUUAAACGGCACGGGAAGCUACAUACUGGCGAAAAGCCGCAUGUUUGCCCCAAGUGCGAUAGGAAAUUUGCUAGGGGAGAUGCCCUGGCGAGACACAGCAAAGGAGCAGGUGGCUGCGCCGGGCGAAGAUCAAGCAUGGCUGGCUUUGGCGAGGAAGACUACGAGGCCAGUGGUGCAGAUGACUCUGCCAUGUCUGGUGUUUUGUACGAUGCCAAUGCGAGCGGUGAUAUAGCGGACGAUGAGCGGCGACGCUCGUUGCCUAGCAUCAAGGCUCAACACGUUCCCGGACAGCCAGGCGUGGACGGCUAUGCCACGCAUUCCAACACAUAUCCCCCGGUUGGACAGCGACCAGGUGGCUUGUAUCCUCCCAACGUCGACCGUGGUUCUACAAGUUCUAAUACUUCACCCACCGUUCCCAACAACCACACCCCUCACACGAGCAUCUCUUCGGUGCCUUUAAGCGCUGGAGGUGCUUCUAUGUAUUCCCAGAGCGGCAUGACGGAGAGUCCCAAACCCCUGAGCCCCGGAGCAGCACAGGCCAACCAGGGUCUUCUCCAGCGAUCGCCGCACGAGACACAUCAGGCGGCUUCGGGGCUGUCUCUUCCAGCGCACGGCAACACCGCGCCAACCGUUCAAGCCACAGGACGUGGUCGUGGUCGCGCUGCUAGCGGAGCGGCACCGGCAACCCAAGGGGCACCUCCUGCAGACGGCAACCUAUUUGGGGCGGAACAACAACAAUCUUACUGGGUGUUGCUCCAACAUUUCGACGAGCGUCUGAAACAAAUGCAAGACCAAGUGGCCGCUGAGAUUUCAAAGGCCAGCGCCCCGCUGUUGGAAAAGAUCAAUAUCCAGGAUCAGCACAUUGCGGCUCUGUCUGCCGAGGUGGCUUCGUUACGGCAGCAGUUGCAAGGGCAACAAGAACCGCCGUUACCACAGGGGCAAGAGCAGCAAGAAGCGGAGCAGCCACAGCAUCAGCAAUUACAGGAGCAGCAGCCGCAGCAGCAGCCUGAGGCGCCAAAUGAGGUAGCAGUGCAAGAGUAGGAACGCUUGCAGCUGGCUUAUACAGGUUCCGAAGGAAGCGGUGGGGGAGCUCAAGGCUCCUUGCAGCGGAUUGGGAUCAAUAUGCGUCACGCACUGGAGGAGAGGGGGUGGACAAAUGGUCCGAGCUAUUCUGUGCAUUUGGGGGGGGUUUGACACCCAGUCUGGUAAGGCCACCGCUACCAUGCGAUAGUGAAGGAUAGAUGGAGGGAGGGUAUCCAAAGAAACCAACAAUAGUGGUGUUUGGCGAGAAGAGAAGGGCGGUAGCGGCCAAACAUCCCCAGGAACUGUGGGCCAAGCGCGGGGGGCUGUAACUACUACAUUCUGUUUGCAUCUUUGUUGCACAUAUUUGGAAGCUGGUUUCCAGGGCAGAAGUUUUCGGUCAUUAGGGUUGGGUAAUGGUGAGAACAGUUGUGUUCUUUGGUCAUGCCCAUAUAGUGACAUUGUAUGAGAGGGGGGUUAUCCAUGGGCGCUAUUUAGAUCAGUGUGCCUCGAGGCAAUAAAAGGUCUAUUUUAUAUGUAUUGGGCGGGCGGGCGGCUGAGAUUUCUCCCAUGAUUGUAUUAUAUAGUGAUGAGAAAGCAACAGCCUCUGGUUCUUCAAUCC